CAAUUACACCGCCCUGCUGGGAGUGUGGAUCUAUGGCUUUUUCGUGUUGAUGCUGCUGGUCCUGGAUCUUUUGUAUUACUCGGCAAUGAACUACGACAUUUGCAAGGUUUACCUGGCGCGGUGGGGCAUCCACGGACGAUGGAUGAAACAGGACCCCCGGCGGUGGGGCAACGCUGCCCGGCCCCCCCCGCCAGGGCAGCCCGCCCCACAGCCCCAGCCUCCCCCAGGCCUGCUGCCGCAAGCCCCCCAGGCCGUGCACACGCUUCAGGGAGAUGCUCACAGCCCACCACUGAUGACCUUCCAGAGUUCAUCUGCCUGGUGA